CAGAAAUGCAAAAAGGUGAGAUUUUUGGUGUUUGUUGAUCGAUCCCAGCACCCAGAAUUACGAGAUGGAAAUUGGGGUGACAACAAUGAACGUACUUUCAAGCUCCAAGGGGGAAGGAGUUAAGGAAGGUUUUGACUUCAAAAGAAUGAGAAGCCGCCGCAGGAACCGCAACCACAUCCAGUGAAAGACCAGUUACCUGGAGUUCAGUACUGCAUUAACAGUCCUCCUCCUUGGCCUGAAGCGUUUAUAUUGGCUUUCCAACAUUACAUUCUGACUCUUGGCAUGACCGUUCUGAUUCCAUCUAUGAUUGUUCCUCAAAUGGGAGGAGGCGAUGCUGAAAAGGCCAAGGUGAUUCAGAGUCUGUUGUUUGUUUCUGGACUGAGCACAUUUCUUCAAUCCUUGUUUGGGACUCGAUUGCCAACUGUAGUUGUUGGUUCAUACUCUUACAUAAUACCGACAAUGUCAAUUGUCCAAGCCAGCAGAUACAGUUCACUUACAGAUCCUUAUGAUAGGUUCACUCAGACGAUUAGAGCUAUCCAAGGUGCCUUGAUCAUAAGUGCAUGUUUCCAAAUGGUCAUGGGAUUCUUGGGCUUUUGGAGGAAUGUUGUCAGGUUCCUUAGCCCACUUUCUGUAGUCCCUUAUGCAACUUUUGCAGGCCUUGGUCUCUACCAUCUUGGUUUCCCAAUGCUGGCAAACUGUGUUGAGGUUGGGCUUCCAGCAUUGAUUGUUAUGGUUUUCAUCUCACAGUAUCUUAAUCGUUACAUAAAGACCAAGAAGCCUGUAUGUGACCGAUUUGCAGUGUUGUUUUCUAUUGCGAUUGCAUGGUUAUUUGCACAACUUCUUACUUCAAGCACUGCAUAUGACCACAAGCCAGAAAUUACACAGAAGAGUUGUCGCACUGAUCGUGCUGGUCUAAUGAGUGCUGCUCCAUGGGUGUAUUUUCCUUACCCUUUCCAAUGGGGGAGUCCCACCUUCAACUCUGGGGAAGCUUUUGCUAUGAUAGCCGCUUCUUUUGUUUCUCUUUUUGAGUCUACUGGAGCAUUUUAUGCUGCGGCAAGAUAUGGAAGUGCAACACCUGUUCCACCUUCUGUUAUCAGCCGUGGAACUGGCUGGGUGGGAGUAGCUUCUUUGCUCAAUGCCAUGUUUGGUUCUGUAACUGGAAGUACGGUAUCAGUGGAAAAUGCAGGAUUAUUGGCAUUAACAAGAGUGGGAAGCCGAAGAGUCAUCCAAAUAUCAGCUGGCUUUAUGAUUAUUUUCUCUGUAUUUGGAAAAUUUGGAGCUUUUUUUGCUUCCAUACCUUUGCCAAUCAUAGCAGCAUUGUAUUGUGUGUUCUUCGGCUAUGUGUCUUCUGCGGGUCUUGGUUUUCUCCAGUUCUGCAACCUCAACAGUUUCAGAACCAAAUUCGUGCUGGGCUUCUCCUUCUUCCUCGGCAUCUCUGUACCACAAUAUUUCAUUGAAUAUUAUCAGCUAAAACAUCACGAUGCUAGAUGGUUCACUGAUUUCAUGACUGUGAUUUUCUCAUCACACACAACGGUGGCUGCCUUGGUUGCUUUCAUUUUGGAUAUCACACUUUCGCGUGAAGAUGAUAAAGCCAGUAAUGACAGUGGUUUGAAAUGGUGGGAGAAGUUCAGUAUGUACACUACUGAUGUUAGGAGCAAUGAAUUCUAUGCUUUACCAUGCAGACUCAAUGAGCUUUUCCCAGCCCUUUAAGCAAGUUUAUUUGGCUGUUGAUGUUUAUUUUUGACACUUUAAGCCAAUUCAUCACUUCUUUCAAGAAAUUUGUGUAGUUUCCCAUGACAUUAUUUACUUUUACUUGAUUGGAAGUACUGAUGGAAAAAUGGGAAUAAUUUUCUUUGGUUAUAUCCUUGAUGUUGCAACAACAUUUUAUUAUAUAAAUUAGAGUACUAUUUUUUGAGUGCCAGGCUAUAUUGUUUUUUGCUUUCUAAAUGAGACUAUU